GUUUUUCAUGAAAACACUAUUUUAGAUUCUCAUUUCUUAACAUCGCUUCGAUUGUGAACAAUCAUUUGAUAUUGUUUUCGCAAAAUGAUUUGAAGCUAAGUCUUUUCUAUCAUUUAGAAUCUUGAAGAUUUCUUGGAAAAAUUUACUUCUCCAUUCCAAGUUAAUCAGUUUCCAAACAAUUAACGUGAAAUGUUAAUCAAAAGGAUUUCUUAUUUAUUAACACUAAUUCUAACCAUUGAAUGUAGACCAGAGUACAACGAAUUGGAUCCAUACCUAAACAAUGUCCAGGAAAUUAUCGUAAGAUCUUAUAGAGGUAUUCAGUAUGUUGAACAUAUUGCACGUAAAUAUGGACCAAUUGAGGUUCGAGAGGUUCCUAGCUUUGAAAAUACUUACUCUCUUCUGAUUCCUGUGGCAAAUAAAUACACUCGAAGUCUUGAUAUAAUCAAAGAUUUAGCGGCUGAUGUAGGAGUUGAAUUUACCGAGCCACAAAUACCAUUCUUUAGACAUAAACGUGGCUAUUUGAGCGAACCAUCGAGUUUACCUUUAAACAAUCAUUACAAGGUUAAUCAUUUGUCAGCCAAUUCACUCGAUGAAAAAAUUCUGGGGAUCCGGCAAAUGGAGCCAAUGCUAUUGACGGGCGAGACGGGUGGAGCAGAGACCGCUCGUCCGAUUCCAGAUACUAAUAAUCUUAUUAAGAAGGCUGCCUUAAGGUUUAAUGAUAAAUUGUUUAUGAAUCAAUGGUACAUCACCAAUGAGAUGAAUAGUUUAACAAGAAGUCACAAAAUUAUGGAAGCUUGGUCACAUGGGUUUACUGGUAAAGGAAUCACAGUUGCCAUUCUUGAUGACGGACUUGAACAUACUCAUAGUGAUCUAAAAUCUAAUUUCAAUCCAAUUGCUAGUUAUGAUUUCAAUGAUGAUGAUUUUGACCCAAGUCCACGACCUGGUAGUGAUAAUAGCCAUGGGACAAGGUGUGCCGGUGAGGUUGCCAUGAGUGCAAAUAACUUUCUUUGUGGCGUAGGAAUUGCUUUUAAUGCUCGUGUUGCGGGUAUUAAGUUACUCGAUGGAGCUAUCACUGACGCUAUUGAGGGUAGAAGCCUAGCCUAUAAGCAUCAAAUCGUUGAUAUCUACAGUGCUUCUUGGGGUCCAGCUGAUAACGGUGAAACAGUUGAAGGACCUAAAAGAUUAGCUCAGGAAGCUUUACUUCGUGGAGUCACCUAUGGAAGACGAGGCCGAGGCUCAAUUUAUGUUUGGGCUUCUGGUAAUGGAGGCAAUAAUGAUGAUAACUGUAAUUGUGAUGGAUAUGCUAGUUCAAUCUAUACUUUGUCAAUUGGAAGUGCUUCUCAAAAUGGAUCUUUUCCUUGGUAUGGAGAGCGUUGUGCGUCAACAAUAGCCGUUACUUAUUCAAGUGGUGGUAAAAAUGAAGGUAAAGUAGCCACAACAGAUAUUGGCAAUUCUUGCACCAAUGAUCAUACUGGAACUUCAGCUGCCGCACCAAUUGCUGCCGGAAUAAUAGCCUUAGUUUUAGAAGCAAAUCCCAACCUUAAUUGGCGUGAUGUUCAACAUUUAGUUGUAUGGACAUCACAAGUUCUUCCUCUGAAAAAUAACCCAGGAUGGAAACGUAAUGGUGCUGAUCUUUUGUUCAAUGAACGAUUUGGGUUUGGUCUUUUGGACGCAGAUUUAAUGACCCGAUGGGCUAAAGCAUGGCCAUCAGUACCACCACAAAGAUUUUGUAACGUUGGUCUCCUACUGAGGGACCCUCUUAAAAUAAGCAGUGAAUCAAAAUUACGAGUUGCUUUUAAUGUCAGUGGCUGUCGUGGCUCAAUUGGUGAGGUCAAUUAUGUCGAACACGUUCAGUUGAUGGCCACUAUCGACUAUCCAUUGAGGGGUGCACUCGAAAUCGAAUUGGUUUCACCUUCAAAUACAAGUUCAACUCUUUUGGACUCACGAAAACGAGAUAAAUCAUCAGAAGGUUUCCAAAACUGGCUUUUUACAUCCGUUCAUUUUUGGGCAGAAAGACCUUAUGGCUAUUGGACUUUGGAAAUUCGAGAUAAUAGUCCCAAGAAACGGUUUGGAACAAUAUCAAAACUAUCGUUACUCAUUUUUGGAACCAGAGAAAAGCCAUAUCAUAUGAGUCGCAAACGUCAUUAUUAUAAGAGUGAAGAAUCAUUUGAUCUGAGUUUGGAAUCGCUUGACAAGGAAAACUUUGAUUUCUUAAGCUGAAAAAAAUUCCAUCCGAAUUUUGAGGAAAUAUUUUUCUAAUAUUUGGAUUGAUUUCAAAUUGGAAAAAACAGUAUUUGAAAAUCAUUAAAUUCAAAACAAAAUCUAAUAAAAUAAGAUUUUUAAUAAAAAAAUAAUUGACGUU